AUGGAGCUGACACUGGAUCCCGGUGACCAGGACCUGCUGGGUUUUCGGCUAGAGGAAAGCGGAGAUUUGGAGGUGGUGCCCGAGCAAGCACUGGAGUCUCUGCUGGACUGGGAGCUGCCGCCGCUCUCCGAGGUAUUGAACGAGUGGGACGUGGAGGAUUUUCUGUGUUCCUUGCUAAGUCCUCCAGCAUCUUUGAACGCUCUCAGCUCUUCCAAUCUGUGUCCUGUCGAUCAUGAUCACAACUACUCCCUCCCACAGGAUCACGUCUCCCUAGAUUUAGACAGUGGGAGCUGUGGGCAGGAGGCAGCCCAGAUGACUCUACUGCAGGUGAAGGAGCCCGCAGAGCAGGAUAUUGAAAGACUGAUACUAACAGAUGAGGAGAAGAGGCUGUUAGAGAAGGAGGGCCUUACUCUGCCUGGAUCACUUCCUCUCACAAAGAAGGAGGAACAAGCUCUGAAACGAGUCCGGAGGAAAAUUCGAAACAAAAAGUCUGCUCAGGAGAGUCGUAGGAAGAAGAAGGUGUAUGUGGGGGGUUUAGAGAGCAGGAUCUUGAAAUACACAGCCCAGAAUUUGGAGUUACAGAACAAAGUGCAGCACCUGGAAGAACAAAAUCUCUCCCUUCUGGAUCAGCUGAGGAAACUCCAGGCCAUGGUGAUUCAGAUAUCCAGCCAAACCACCAGUGGCAGCACCUGUGUCCUGGUCCUACUCUUCUCCUUCUGCCUCCUCCUCGUCCCUACUAUGUACUCCUCUGACACAAAGGGGAGCCUGACAGCUGAGAAUGGAGUGUUGUCCCGCCAGCUUCGAUCCCUCCCCAGUGAGGAUCCUCACCAGCUGGAGUUGCUUGCCCUGCAGUCAAAGGUACCAACAGACAGCUCAGACCAUUUCCUCCAAGCUCCUGACCACUUGUGUUGCUUCUUGUGGCACAUGCCUCAGGCUCCUGGCGAGGAGUCUCCUGACCUUUUCUCAAUGCAAUCCUGCCUAAGUCCCAUUCUUCCUCUGCAGGCAAAUCUCACAAGAAAUGGGAGAGGGCUCCCUACUGUCAUCUUGUGGGUCAGAUACACAGGCUAG